AUGAAUGUCAGGUGCCACGGUGCCCGGUUUCUCUGCGGUGCACUGGUUCUAUUAUUUGAGGGACGCAUCACCAUCAUCCCAUCACCACCACCACAACCAUCAUCAUCUUUCCGUCCGACUGGCCUUGCCCGCAGAGCACCGGUGGCCCCGAAGUGCCCCGACGCAGCGCCCGCUCGCCCCCGCCGCGCACCCGGUCGGGGCAUUCGUGUGCUGGGCGCGUCCCUCGACCCAGCGGGCGACGGCGCCAGCUGCGCAACGCCAGAUGGCACUUUUGCUGCGGUGGCGCUGCGCUGCGUGAGCGGGAAGCCGCCGAGCAUCCCCCCGCACCUCCUGCCGCCCGGAUCCGCCGCCGCAGCCGCAGUCGCCGCAGCCGCAGCAGCCGCCGCAGGCGUGAGCAGCUCCAGCAGCGCCAGCAGUAACAGCAGCAGCACAAGCAUCAGCAUGACGAGCGGCGGGGGCGUCGUGCUGAGCAACAAGGGCGUGAGGACGACGGCCACGGUGCCGCCCCUGGGCCUGGCCACCCCCCUGGCCCCCCUCACCACCUCCGCGGGCGCGGGCCCCCCCUCGCCCACGUCCUCGUCCUCCUUCGCCGCCGCCCUCCGCUCGCUCGCCAAGCAGGCCACGGCGCCGCCAGUCGCCAAACAGGAGGUGAGCCGCAACUUCCCAGUGAUCGUCCAGCAUCACUGGACACCUACUGGUCUUGGUCAAGGCAAAGUUCUAGAGACCCAGCUGGCAAGGCAAGCCCACGAGGAGGCAGUACCAGCUCUGUCCUUGCAGCCGCAGGGCAGCAGCAGGAGCCAGGGUCAUGUUCAGGGAGCGGAGAAGGACGCGCCGAUGCCAGGCGAGCCGCAGCGCCUGUCGCCGAAGGUGUCGUCGCUGGCGCCAAGUUCCACGUCGGGCCACCUGGGCCUGUCGGGGGGGUCGGCGCCCCCGGUGGUCACCAUCGCGCCCACGCACGCGCACGGCAUCACCAGCGAGGCCGAGCGCUCGUCCGCCGCCGCCAGCGAGGAUCUCGUGCGCGGGUUCCAGCCGUACCGCGCCCCCGACGUGCAGCCGACGCCGCCCGCGGGCACCCCGGGGGCGUCGCUGCGGCCGCCCAUGCCUCCGCUCGACCUGCCGCCCUCGUACCCGCCCUACCACCCGUCGCUGUACCCGCACCACCUGGCGCACCAGUACAGACUGGAGGAGCACCUGUACCUGGAGCGAUACGGGCUGCUGCGGCCGCCGCUGAGCCCCUACGGCGUCGGGGGCCUGUCGGGGCUGUACCCGGGCGCCGCCGGCUCGCCCUACCUGUCGGCCAGGUUUCCACCGGACCUCCUGCCCACCUCGCUGGCCGCGCUGCACCCGUCGUCGGCGCUUCUGCACGAAAGAAAGCGAGUGACUGACGCGAAGGACUGCUUGCAGGUUGAAGCUGGAGGAGGACAUGCGGCAGCGAGAACUGCUCUUCUCCCCCAAACAACAGAGCGAAGCCAAACUCAGAAUCAGGAGAGAAGUAGAGACCGCAGCCCCAUCGCGCACGCCGUGGUGCACGCGUCCGCCCCGGCCGUUAUAUCGGUGACGAGCCUCAGCACAAGCAGCGUUACCAUAACGAGCAACAGUCACAGCCGCAAGAAUCAGCCAAUAGGUGUUGCGACGCAGCAGGUGGCGCAGCCCCUGGACAUCCGCAGCUCAGUAACCUUUCGCCCAAUCAACGACGUAACCUUCCUGGGACACGUUCAAGCUCAAGCCCAGAGCCAGGGCCAGCCGCCGCCGCAGCCGCCGCCCCACCUGCGGGAGGACCCUCUCGCGCACCGCCUGGAGGCGACCAAGGACGCCGGCCGCGUCGCCGUCAAGCCUCGCACGCCGGCCAUCGUCAGACGCCAACCAAAAUCAACACUGUGGCGCCGACGGUGA